AUGUCUGCUAGCCCGUCCCCGUCUGCCGGCGCCGACUCCAAGCAGUCGGACCAGAUCCACUUCCGCUUCUGUCGCGAGUGUUCCAACUUGCUCUAUCCUAAGGAGGAUCGUGCCACCAACCAGUUGAUGUUCACUUGCCGCACAUGCCAUGUCGGCGAGCCUGCCAGUUCUUACUGCGUCUAUCAGAACAAGCUCCAUAGCCAGGUCGGCGACACUGCCGGUGUUACUCAGGAUGUUGGAUCAGACCCCACGGUUUGUCUCCCAGAUCCCUCUUGCGACUUUUUUAAUAUCCCCGGCUUCUGUUCUCUCUGCGCCGGGGAGAUACCUUGCGAUAUCUGCGGUCGUGCCAAUUAUGCGGUGUGUGGGAAUGAGGAUAAGACAAAGCACGCCUCAGACCGUAGAUCAUCGAUUUCACCACGCAGCUGGUCCCUCAAGGAAACCACCCGCCAGUCUUGA